GAUUCUACUCAUUGAACGAAAUAUGGAUUGGAGCCACCAUGGUGUCAGAGUAAUGCGUAAAAUACGUUAAAAAUUUUAUAUACGCGUAACUUUUAAAUCGUUAGAUUCUUAAAAUUAAGACUUGUAUUUUUGGAUUUUACGCGUCAAAGACAUUAAAUGACAAACAAAAACAAAAAAGGCAAUAAUUUUAUGUUUGAUAAAUUAAAGUUCAUCAUAUUUUUAUACGUUUUCAUAUGUGAUGGUGUUUUUAUGUUACCCUAGUAUGGUAUCACUGUUCCAUGUGUUUAAUUUACCGAAUUUUGUGAUUUAAAUUCAACCACUUGUUGUAAAUAUAAAUUUAAUAUGUUAAUCAUAAUUUAUUAAAAUAUGAAUCUUUGAUAUACAUGUAUGCAUACAGAGUACACUCGAUAAAAGCGGUUCUAUUUGUCUUCAGAAUGAAGCCUCCAAACGAAUUUAUUUUUUUAUUGAUUUAUAUCUUUGCAAUCAUCUUAAUUGUACAUUGUGAAGAUGAAAACUACUUUGAAAAUAUAGAGAACUCAGAAGAACUAAUAGAUCCAUAUUCAUUUUUUUAUGAUAAGCACAGCAAAACAAUGGAUAAAGAAAUAAACAUCGACAUUAAAAAAAAUAUGGUACAGGAAAGCACCGAAGCUCAAGACCAGUUGGAACCUCUUAAACAUGAAAAUAAUUAUAGUAACCACGAAGCUAUCUUUUAUAAGCGUCUUAUUAAUCUAUUAUUAUCAAAUAUUCGCAUAGAGAAUGAGAAUGAAGUAUCAAUAACAGGAAUAUUAGAGAUUGAGGUAUCCCAUUCUCAAAUGGAAAUACUUAGAAAUUUUCAAAUUCAUAAAACAUCUUUAAGAGAAAUUGAUGAAAUUUUGAGUAAUAUAAUACAGGAACCUCGAUAUAAUUAUAUGUUUGAAGCUACACAUAUAUUUGAUGUAUUGCACAAAGGUUUUGGCACAAUACUUAGAACAGUACAAGAAUAUCCAGAUGGAGCUAUAAUCUUAUUUACAAUGAUAAUGGCUUGUUUGACAUUUAAAAUGAUAAGACGUGGCCAAAGAUUUCCUAUUUUGUGUAUUAUACAAAUUAUAUUCAUAUUGAGCUUCUUUAUGACUUGGUGGCAGCUUAUAAAGGAAGCUGAAAUUAAGUCUGUUGCUGCACAAAUGAAAUUUUCAGACAUACCAAUUUCAUGUCAACCCGAUAAGAUGAAUUUGUGGCACAAGUUUAUUUCAUUCUUUUCUAACGACGAUUGUGAGCAAUAUUAUGAAACAGUAAUGUCUAAUCCAAAACUAAAAAUUACACCUGCAUUUGCAUUAUCACAUUUUAUUACUACUGUUGUUCUUCAUCCAGUUACGCACGUAGGAACUGUUAUAUCUGGCUUCAUAAAUAAUGCUACAGAUAAUCUGCCUUGGACGUAUGGAUGGAUAAUAAAAUGUAUGCUGUAUAUAUGUAUAGGUUUUGUUAUACUAAUGAUGCCGUUCUUUCUGUCUGGAGCAUCAUUUAAUUUAGGCUUAGGACCAUUAUUGAGAUUUGGAAUUAGCCAUGAGAGAAAAGCUGGAAAAGGUAACUCAUUACACAGUCUAGAAAACCGAGAACCUGUACAAAUAAUUCUUAAGGUAGCUCAUGGUACCGACGUACCACAAAUACAAGAUGUUUCGAAAGUCAACCAAUCGAACGCCUUACCAGCUUUAAAAGAGUCUUGCGAAGAGGAAACUAUUGCGACAGAUAGUGAUAUUCGGGAAAAUUUUGAUGAUUUAUGUCGCGGUGAUACGAUAAAGAACAAUAAAUUGUCAAAUAAUCAUAAUGAAGAAAAAUUGGAUGCAAUAAUAGGAGAAAAUAAGGAUGGUAGAGGGGAUGGUUAAUAAUUUAUUGAUAACUUGUUUUGUAAUAUAUAUAAGCUGUUAAUUUCUAAUGCACUUAAUCAAGUAAAUACUUCAUAACAUGAAACUUGAUCUUACUUAUUGUUAAUACUCAAAUUAAUAAUUAACGAAUCCAAAAUGUUAAUCUUAUAACUAUAUUUGACAGCUUGUGACCUACAAAGUAUUGUUUUAGUAUUAUUUAUAUUUAUUUUGCUUGUAGUUGGAUUGUGAUUAUAUCAUAUUGUAUAAGAAAAACGAUAUUUGAUAUUUUUACAAUAUGUUGUAACAAUGUUCAUAUUAUGUGAUCCUAGUGCUUUAAUAUUUCCAAUAUUUAAAUACACGUACUUUUACAAACA